AUGUCGUCAAAAGAUCAGAACCAACAGUUCAAGCGCAUUGGCAUCGUUGGAGCCGGGAAUAUGGGUUCCAUGAUGGCCUUUGCCUUUUCGGAACUCAGUCUUGACGUUUCUAUUUGGGACGUCAACAAAGAGAAUGUUGACCAGCUCUUGGAAUCGGCUAAGGAUAUGAAAGGUCAAGGAAAGAUCGAAGGGUUUGAAGAGAUUGGUGAAUUCACCAAGAGCUUAGAGGGUCAGGGCGAGCGGAAACUGUUUAUUUUCUCCAUCACUCAUGGCAAUCCCGCGGACUCCGUUCUUAGUAAGAUCAAGCAUGCAUUGAAGAAAGGCGACAUUAUCCUUGACGGUGGAAAUGAGAACUACCGGCGCACGGAAAGGAGGCAGAAGGAGUGCGAAGCGAUUGGCGUUAGUUGGAUUGGAACAGGUGUUUCUGGUGGAUACCAAUCCGCUCGCCGUGGACCGAGCUUGUCUCCUGGUGGUGAUGAAAAGGCGCUGGAGCUUGUACUACCUCUUUUGGAGCGCUAUGCGGCCAAGGACCGCAAGACCGGUCUUCUAUGUGUGGCUAGAGUUGGUCCGGCGGGCUCGGGGCAUUUUGUUAAGAUGGUACACAAUGGAAUCGAGGGUGGCAUGCUUUCCGCGGUCGCCGAGGCUUGGUCUAUUCUCCAUUACGGGCUAGGGCUUAAAUAUGAUGAGAUCGGAGACAUCUUUGAUGGAUGGAAUCAGAAGGGCGAACUCCGGAAUAACUUCCUCCUCGAGAUUGGAGCCGAUGUAUGCCACCGAAGGAAAUCUCCCGAAGGAGACGGCAAAGGCGAAGGAAUCGGUGACAAGAACGAAUACGUUCUUGAUGAUGUUCUUGAUAAAGUUGUACAAGAUGACGACGACACGGAAGGCACCCCCUACUGGUGUGUUAUGGAGACCGCCAGUCGUCAUGUUUCUGCGCCGACCAUUGCAACCGGUCAUUACAUGCGCAUCGCCAGUGGUAACCGUGCAGAACGGCUGCGGGUGGCGGACAAACUGCAGAUGCCAAAGCCCAAGUCCAUCGAAGGCAUCAAGGACCGGCGGGUUUUUAUUGAGGAUCUGCGGCGAGCAGUCUACUGUUCCUUCCUAUCUUCCUUCUGUCAGGGCCUAGAACUGAUUGCACGCGCUUCUGAUGACGAAGGAUGGAAUAUUGACCUUAGCAAAUGCCUCCAGAUCUGGCGUGGCGGUUGUAUUAUCCAGUCGGAAGCUAUUGCCGACCUUCUACAGCCGUUACUCAAAAAGGAUGUGCACUAUACUAAUCUGAAAGACAUCGAUGAAGUCGCUCAUGAAUUGAAGCAAAACUUUAACUCUCUCAAACGGACUGUGAUUGACGCAACAGUGUUUGAUCACUAUAUCCCGGCGAUUUCCGCAACCUUGGAGUACCUGAAAUAUGCGGGCGGGACGAUGCUCCCAACCAAAUUUAUGGAAGCCCAGAUGGACUUAUUCGGUGCUCAUGCAUAUUACAAGCCAGGAGUUCCCGGUGAAGAUCCAGGGCCGGUCAAGAAGGGGCCUCAUCACUAUGAAAAUUUAUCGCCAAAGGAAUUUCCAGCAACUGAUACUGACCCCAUCGCUCCUAUAGACCCUGUCCGUAUUGCGGUCAUCGGUGGAACUGGUCUUCGUGAACUGCCUGGCUUCACUCAGGUUGCUUCCUUGAACAUCUCGACUCCCUGGGGCACUCCCUCCUCCCCGAUCACCAUCCUGCACCACAACUGCUCUCACAACAACCAGACCGUCGCAGUCGCUUUCCUCAGUCGUCACGGCCUGCACCAUCAGAUUGCCCCCCAUGAGGUACCUGCCCGCGCCAACAUCGCUGCCCUGCGCUCUAUUGGUGUCCGCACCAUCAUUGCCUUCUCGGCCGUCGGCAGCUUGCAAGAGGAGAUCAAGCCCCGCGACUUCGUGAUUCCAGACCAGGUCAUUGACCGUACCAAGGGCAUCCGGCCUUUCACAUUCUUUGAGGGAGGUGUGGUUGCUCACGUUCCUUUCGGAGACCCUUUCGAUGAGGGUGUUGCCAAGGUUGUGAGGGCUUGCGGCCACAGCCUCGAGGGCGAGGGUGUUGUGCUGCAUGACCGCGGCACAUUGGUGUGCAUGGAGGGACCUCAAUUCUCCACCCGUGCUGAGAGCAAGCUCUACCGCUCCUGGGGAGGCAGUGUCAUCAACAUGUCCUGUCUUCCAGAGGCGAAGCUGGCUCGUGAGGCCGAGAUUGCCUACCAGAUGAUCUGCAUGUCCACUGACUAUGACUGUUGGCACGAGGCUACCGCAGAUGUCACUGUGGAAAUGGUCAUGGGAAAUAUGAAGGCCAAUGCUGAGAACGCUAAGCACUUCGUCACUGCCGUCCUCGAUGAGCUCGCCUCUGACAAGAACUCGGAACUCGUCCAAGCCAAGCAUGUGGAAGGCUCUGUCAAGUUUGGUCUCAGCACCGCCCAGCCUAACUGGAGCCCUGAAGCUAGAGAGAGGAUGAACUGGCUUUUCCCUGGAUACUUCAACUAA